AUGUCACUUAGUGAGGAGAAGUCCAUAUCAUCAUAUGAUCUUCGAGUGAGAGCACAACAAGACGGUUGUGAGCAACGUGUCGAAGUUAAUCAGAGGAUGCUCAUCGUUAAAAUUCUUGCUCGCUACUCAUCUGAUUUCGUUGUUUGUCGGGAACUCAUUCAAAAUUCUGAUGAUGCUCAAGCAACAUCAUUUCAUUUUGAAAUAACAUGCGAAACUUCGAGCAUUGCGUCGGAUAUGCAAACAAGAUUAAUCAACAAGCCUACUAAUAAUGAUUCGACAGACAACACAAGUACUCAAAUUUCUUCAGCUAACACUAAAACCACAUUAGAACCAGAGGAAUCAGCAUCUCAAAAUGAAUCUCUAUCGUUAUUAAACCCGAUAUUGAAGUUUCAUAACAGCAUCAUAACCGAGAUUCGCACAGUCAAUAAUGGUCUCAUAUUUAAUCAGGCUGAUUGGAAACGUGUAGCAUCAAUUGCUGAAGGAAACACCAAUGUUGAUUCAGUUGGACAAUUUGGUGUUGGAUUUUUCUCUGUCUUUUCUUUUUCUGAAGAACCAAUAAUCACAUCUGGAAACGAUUAUAUGGCAUUUGUCUGGCGAGAUAAUAAUUCAUUGACAACAUUUCGUCAUGAACUACCUAUCGAACAACAAUCCAAAUUAACUUCAGUUAUUCUCAAAAUGCGAAGUAAGUAUAUUUUACAAACGGAAACAAAUCCAGACAUCAACAUGAAAACCUUGGAAAAUAAAAACUAUGAGUCUAAUAUUAAAUCAGCGAAAAAAACAACGAAUAAUAUAACUAUACAAGAAAUUAUACCAACAAUCGAUCUCACUCAACUCAAAGUCUAUUUCACCAAAGUAUUUGAAGUAAAAAAAACAAAGACAAGAUUGCCAUCUAUUAAAGGCAUGUCACCAUUUAAAAAACAAGGUUCGAUUACUAAUAUGCUAAGUCUUAAUUCAUUUGUACAAACUGAACAAACAUUUACUAUUAACAAUGGCUCUUCGUUAACUCUAAAUCAUGUCACUGUCGAUGCAGUAGUCACAAUUGAUGAAAACUUUCAUGAUCGUAUGCGACGUAUUUUAAAAAAAAGUUUACCAUCCAAUGUUCCGAUUCAACUCUUAUAUGCACCAAAUAAUCUUAUUGCCGAUAAACAGUCACAAACAUCAUCGGUCAACAGUGAUUCGAACAUGAAAAUUUUGCAUUCGUUAAUUCCGUUGAAGUUUGAAAAUGGUGAUAUCAUUCCAGCAGGUCUUCUAUUCAUGGGUAUUGCGACACAUCAGACAUCAGGCAUUGGAAUGCAUAUCUGUAGUCGUUUGAUACCGACGGUUGAACGUGAAAAUAUUGAUUCACAAGAUCCAUAUAUUGCUCAAUGGAACAAGGAGCUUCUUACGUCGAUUGGACAAAUUGCACGAUUAAUCUAUGAUCAAACAAUAAGUAUGAAUUUCGAUAAAACUAAGAAAAUAACCGACGAUUAUGAAAUUGCUCUCAGCUCAUAUUCAUUUCAACCGUCUGUACCAAAUAACAAAAUCGCAUUCAAUCGUGAUCAAGCUACUUCAGACAAUUCUAACACUAUGGAGGAAUACAUUCAACAAUUAAUAAAAGAAGGACACAAUAUGAAUGAAGCAGACAUCAAUGAAUUAAAAACGACUAAGUGGUUGAUAGGUACGACUUUAGCAGAAACUAAAGAAACGAAGCGAAAAUAUAUUCCUAAAGAGCUUUAUUUUCCAUCUGUCGCCAUCGAGCUUCAAUGGUUUACAUUACCAAUCGUUGAUUGGCUCGAUAUCAAUCCAUGUUCACCUGAGUAUAAUUUUCUCAAAGAAAUGGGUGUACAAGAAAUACCUAAUCUACAAAAACUUAUCGAACGAAUCAUUCAAGAGCAUGAUGAGCAACGAAAAAAACAAAAUACUAAUGAAGAAUAUAAAAUACCAUUAGCACUUCAUUUUUUCGUUGACAAAUUUCAGAGAUACUACUAUUGUGUAUGGAAAACAGGCUCAUUUAAACAACAUCGAUUUUUUCCAUCAAAUCCGCUCGGAAAGACUAUCAAUCAAACUAAUCCAAGGGAUGUAAUACUCUUAUCGGCAAAUGAAGUAUUUAAAGUUAUCAAUCCAUUUUUUCCUAGUCUUUUAUCCGAAGUGAUAGAAUUAUUUGAGAAAAAUUGGGAUAUUUCAUUGCUUGGCAUCAAAGAUCAUCCAAGUCUUUCACAAGCAUUCGACAUUAUGAUAAAAAAAAAAGAUGAACUCUUAACAGAACAAUCAGCUUCGAAAAUAUUUGCCUAUUUGAAUGGAAUCGAAGGAUUAACUGCAGAGUUCAUUAGGAGAGUAGGUCAAUAUAAUUUCAUUCCAUUGCAAGGUUACUCAAAUGGUACUAUACUUAUGAAACCAUCACAAGUUUUCAUUCGUUCAAAUGCGACAUCGAGUGAAACGACUAAUAGUAGAACCGACAGUAUGGAUAGAAGUGGCCUCAUUGACUAUGUUGACUAUGGUGUCGAUGCCAAUACAUUUCUCUCUAAUAUUGGUGUUAAAAGCAGUCCAACGCCUUCAGUUCUUGCCUUACUGCUCAUUGAUCGUCAGAAUGCUUAUUUUGCAAGCGCAAACAAUGACAAGGAGCUUUUGAAAAUCAGAAUUCAUGUUUAUAUUGAUUGUCUAAAAGAACUUGCGGAUGCUAUUAAUGACUCAAAUCAAUUUCAAUGGGAACCUGUAUAUACACAGUUAAAAACUAAAGCAUGGUGUCUUGGUUUUCAAACGAUUGUUCAUAAAAAU